AUGCAGAUCAAAGUACGAACUCUUACCGGCAAGGAGAUCGAGCUCGACAUCGAACCUGAGUACAAGGUUUCAAGGAUAAAGGAGCGUGUUGAGGAGAAGGAAGGUAUCCCGCCGGCACAGCAGCGUUUGAUCUACGGUGGCAAGCAGAUGUACAUCUACACACAGUGCGCACAGAGGAGCAGGGAGGCUGACACGUCCAUCAGGGCCGACGACAAGACCGCGGCAGACUACCAGCUUGAGGGCGGCGCAACGCUUCACUUGGUCCUUGCCCUUCGUGGCGGCUGCUGA